AUGGCGACCUUCGCCGACGUCGAGAAGCUGGAGCAGAAUGAUCCCGAGCCCGCCAUGUCGACGGAGGCCGGGGAGGUCGCUGACCAGAACCAGCUGAAGCGCGAGUUCAAGCCCCGCCAGGUCUUCAUGUUCUCCAUUGCCUGCGCCAUUGGUACAGGACUCGUCAUCGGCUCGGGAACCGCGCUCUCGAGAGGCGGCCCUGGAAGUCUCCUCAUCGCCUACCUCGUGGUCGGCGGUGUUGUCUUCUUCGUCAUGACCGGACUCGGCGAGAUGGCCGCCUUCCUUCCCAUGAACAAGGGUUUCGGCGGUUACGCCAGCCGCAUGGUCGACCCUGCGUUUGGAUUCGCGACCGGCUGGAACUACUUCUUCAAAUACAUGAUUGCAACCCCUGCGAACCUCACGGCCGCCGGCCUCGUCAUUCGAUACUGGAGGCCCGAUCUUAAUGUCGGCAUCUGGGUCGCCGUCUUUGGAGUCCUCAUCAUCUUCAUCAACUUUCUUCACGUUUCCACGCUCGGCGAGACCGAAUUCUGGUUCGGCUGCGCCAAGAUUCUCAUUAUGAUCACUAUGAUCAUCUCGUGCCUCGUUGUGGCGCUCGGCGGUGGCCCCAACCACAAGAGGAGCGGCUUCGAGUACUGGAACGAGCCCGGCGCAUUCAAGGAAUACCUCCUCAAGGGCUCUCUUGGAAGGUUUCUGGGUGUCUGGGCCUGCAUCUGCCAGGCUUGCUUUGCCUUCACCGGUACAGAGGUCGUGGGCAUGACCUUUGGCGAGACACCGAACCCGAGGAAGAACAUCCCCAGGGCCGUCAAGCAGACCUUCUGGAGGAUUGCCGUUUUCUACAUCCUCAGCGUUAUUGUUCUCGGCAUGGCCGUCCCGAGCGACAACGAGAUGCUGAUCGGAGCUACCAAGAAGUCUACCAGUGCUGAUGCUUCGCCAUUCGUUGUUGCCGUUCGCCUGGCCGGCAUCGCGGUGUUCCCCGAUUUCGUCAACGCCUCGCUCCUCGUAUUUACCUUGAGCGCAGCUUGCACAGAUAUCUACUGCGCGUCAAGGUCCUUAUACGGCCUUGCCCGAGACAGUCAAGCACCCAAGAUCUUUGCAAAGACCCGGGGUAACGGUAACCCGGUCUGGGCCGUGGGUUUGUCGUGCCUCUGUGUGGGCCUCGGCUUCCUAAACGCCAGCAAGUCCGCCGGCACCGUCUUCCAGUACCUCGUCAGCCUCGUCACCAUCUUCGCUGUCCUCAACUGGAUGGCUAUCCUGGUCUCUCACAUCUCCUUUCGCCGAGCCCUCAAGGCCCAGGGCAUCUCCGCCAAGGACCUUCCCUACACAGCCUUCGGACAGCCGUGGGGUUCGUACUACGCCCUGUUCAUGUCGUGCAUGGUCAUUCUCUUUAGCGGGUACGACGCAUUCAUCCCGCACUUUAAGGUCGACCAGUUCAUCCUCAAAUACGUGGGUGUUGUCAUCUUCACUGCCAACACCAUCAUCUGGAAGUUAUGGAGGCGGACCAAGAAGGUGACAGCUGGCGACAUGGAUCUCGUCACGGGACGCAGAGAGUACCAGGAGACGGAAACUGCCGUGGAGCAGCAGUGGAAGGAGAGUUUCUGGACUAAGAUGAUUCGCAAGAUGAAGAAGUAG